GCGGUGUACGCAACGGUGCUGUCCGUUACUUCCAAAGUUCCAGAAUAAAUAAAUAUUUUGCUUUUUCCAAGUCAAAGAAGAACAGCAGCAGAGGAUAGAUUUCCCAAAUACAGCUAGUAUAGUAAUUAACAGCAAGUCAGCAACAUCACAGUUCCACUUCCAAUGCGUUUUCUAGGAGGGUUUUGAGUUUUCGUAUCACGUUAAUUCCACUCAGAGUUCAAAUACCAGUUCUGUUGAUGUAGUAGUAAACAUUUCUUAGGUUUCUAAUUUCUAUCAAAUUAGUCAUGGUACCUAUAGGAGGAAGAAGAAGAAUAACCAGUAAAGAGGAAAUUUCAAUUUGAACAAGGGUUAGUGUUUUGGGGGAUUUUGUUUUUGUUUUCGAGUACUGGAGUAGUAGAAUGCCAGUGCACAAGGGGGUGUGAUCUCGCUCUAGCUUCUUAUAAUGUAUGGGCAGGUGCAAAUAUGACAUUCAUUUCACAAGUUUUUGAUACCACUGACCAGGAGAUUCUCAAAUACAAUCCUCCAGAUCCGCUCAUAGAUCUGAUUGUUGUUGAUGAAAGAUUGGAAGUUCCAUUUACUUGUGAUUGCAUUCGGGGCGAACGUUUAGGUCAUGUUUUUACUUAUACUCUUAAGCCUGGUGAUACUUAUGAAAAACUUAUUGAAUAUUAUGCUAAUCUUACUAGCAUGGAAGGCUUGAUGAGAGAUAACUCUUAUAAUCCUGUCAAUAUACUCGAUGGCUCCCUGGUUAAUGUCACUGUAGAUUGCUCUUGUGGAGAUGAAAAGGUGUGUGAUUAUGAGUUGUUCGUGACUUAUCCUUUACUUCCUCGUGAUGACUUAUAUUCUAUUGCUGAGGAAUUCCGAAUCAGUCGUUUUCUGCUGCAAAGGUACAACCCAAGCUCAGAUUUCAGCAGCGGGAAGGGACUGGUGUUUAUUCCGGGGAGAGAUGCAACAGGAAAUUACCGAAGGUUCAAACCAAAAUUAAGCACAGGAGGGCUUGCCGCUGGAGCCAUUGUUGGAAUAGCUGUUGGAAUUGUAGCUUUUGCAGUUUUGGGAGUUUGUACAUGCAUUGGAUUGUCUAGAAGGAAAAAGGCGAAGAAGGCAUUAUUGCUCCCAAAAGCAUCUAAAGGUUCUCGAGGAAAAUUUAAUAAAUCUGUCGAAUUAGCUUCUCCAACAAUCCUUGCUUCUCUUAGAGCUAAGGUUACAGGUAUCACGGUGGAUAAAUCAGUGGAGUUUACAUAUGAAGAGCUUGCCACGGCUACAGAUGACUUCAGUUUGGAUAAUAAAAUCGGUCAAGGUGGCUUUGGAGCUGUUUAUUAUGCCGAGGUUAGAGGCGAGAAAGCCGCAAUCAAGAAGAUGGAUAUGCAAGCGUCAAAAGAGUUCCUCGCAGAACUGAAAGUUCUUACUCGUGUUCAUCACUUGAAUCUGGUCCGCUUGAUAGGAUAUUGUGUCGAGGAUUCUUUGUUCUUAGUGUACGAGUUCAUUGACAGUGGAAACCUAAGUGAACAUUUGCGUGGAAUAGAGAAGGAACCUUUGCCAUGGUCCACAAGGUUGCACAUUGCUCUCGAUUCUGCAAGAGGUCUUGAAUACAUCCAAGAGCACACAGUUCCUGUUUACACUCAUCGUGAUAUCAAAUCUGUAAACAUUCUGGUAGACAAGAACUUCCGGGGGAAGGUUGCAGAUUUUGGAUUAACAAAGUUAAGUGAAGUUGGAAGUGGGUCCUUGCAGACACGGGUUGUGGGUACCUUUGGAUAUAUGCCGCCAGAGUAUGUUCAGUGGGGUGAGAUCACCCACAAGGUUGAUGUCUAUGCUUUCGGGGUUGUCCUGUAUGAACUUAUAUCAGCAAAAGAAGCUAUUGUUAGUGAUCUUGAGAUAAAUAUUAUGGUGUCUGUGGUGGUGAUACAGUUUGAAGAAGUUCUUAAUCAGCCUGGGUCAGAUGAAGAUCUAUGCAAACUAGUAGACCCAAGACUUGGAGACGACUACCCUUCUGAUUCGGUCCGUAAGUUAGCUCAACUUGCAAAGGCUUGCACACAAGAGAAUCCCCAAUUGAGACCUACCAUGAGGUCAAUUGUGGUCGCGUUAAUGACACUUUCAUCAUUCACAGAAGAUUGGGAUGUUGGCUCCUUCUACGAAAACCACGGUCUAGUGAAUCUAAUGUCAGGAAAGUAAAUUAUGGAACUACCUCAUGACAAAUAUUUUCCUUGGCAACUCUGACACUUUCAUUUGUAUAUCUAUGUUGGCACACCAGUGCAUGUCAUGUAAAUGCCAAGAACUGUACUGAGUGUUUAAAAGGUUUUAAUAUAACUGAUUAGCUGCUUGGUGAA